ACUUCUCUUUCUGUGUCUUUCUUCUUCCUUUAAAUGUACUCUUCGUCUUCUCUCUUCCCCUGUCACUGUCGUCCCAACCACUCCUCAUUCUGAUCACUACAGUUCACCAUCCAUCGCCAAAGAUCCUCAAGUUCCCAGAACGAGUCUUCAUCUGUUACACCUACCCAACUCCAUUUCUUUACGCUGUUGCGUUAUUAUAGUGAUCAAAGAUUACAACUUUACUCUCAACUAAGACCCAUUUCUGUUACAGAACAAUGGCGGAGACACAGACGGCGGCGUCGCAUUCCUGGCGUAAUCACCGCUGCAUCAUCCCCACCUUCUUCUCCACCCACAAGACUCUUCUGACGGUGCUUUGGGUCGCCGCCUUCUGCUCUGUGUUUCUGUGGCAGAGGGAUUGCGCUGAUGGACUCUUGUCUGCCGGCCGGCGGGCUUUUCCGGCUAGGGAACUGCCUAGGCUCCGGCCCGUGGCGUUUAAUUUGACGGAAUUUGGAGGGGUCGGGGAUGGGGUUACUGUGAAUACGGCGGCGUUUGAGAGGGCUGUUAUGGCUAUCUCCAAACUCGGCAAGAAGGGUGGUGGGCAGCUCAAUGUGCCUCCUGGGUUAUGGCUCACGGCUCCGUUUAAUCUCACCAGCCAUAUCACUCUCUUCCUCGCUGAGGGUGCUGUGAUUCUUGGCAUUGAUGAUGAGAAGUACUGGCCUCUGAUGCCUCCAUUGCCUUCAUAUGGACAUGGGAGGGAACACCUUGGACCACGCUAUGGAAGUCUAAUCCAUGGCCAAAAUCUCAAAGAUGUUGUAAUUACAGGUCAUAAUGGCACCAUAGAUGGGCAGGGUCAAGGAUGGUGGAAGAAGUAUAGGCAGAGACUUCUUAACUACACUAGAGGACCCCUUGUACAGAUUAUGUGGUCUAGUGACAUUCUGAUCUACAACGUAACGUUACGUGACUCUCCCUUUUGGACCCUCCAUCCAUUCGACUGCAAAAACGUCACGAUCAGAGAUGUUACAGUCCUGGCACCCGUUUUUGAUGCUCCAAAUACUGAUGGCAUUGAUCCCGAUUCAUGUGAAGAUGUGUUGAUUGAAAACUGUUACAUAAGCGUUGGUGAUGAUGCCAUCGCAAUAAAGAGCGGGUGGGAUCAGUAUGGUAUAGCGUAUGGACGCCCUUCCAAGAACAUACUCAUUCGAAACCUUGUGGUUCGUUCCAUGGUCAGUGCUGGCAUUUCAAUAGGAAGUGAGAUGUCUGGUGGGGUGGCGAAUGUGACCGUGGAGAACCUCCACGUAUGGAGCUCGAGGCGUGCUAUUCGCAUCAAGACAGCAGCAGGGAGAGGGGGGUAUGUUGAACAAGUAACAUUUCGCAAUGUGACACUCGAAAACGUGAGGGUAGGGAUAGUGAUCAAGACAGAUUACAAUGAACAUCCAGACAAGGACUUCGACCCCAAAGCAGUCCCCGUUCUUAAGGACAUAACCUACAUGUCAAUACACGGGGAGGGAGUGCGUGUCCCUGUGCGUAUCCAUGGAAGCGAGGACAUUCCAGUGAGGAAUGUGACUUUCCAGGACAUGUCGAUUGGGAUAACGUACAAGAAGAAACACAUUUUCCAGUGUUCUUAUGUUCAGGGCCGCGUUAUAGGGACUGUGUUUCCUGCUCCCUGUGAGCACCUUGAUCUGUACAAUGAGCGACGAGAGUUGAUCAAGCGUUCAGAUGUUCAUAAUCUUUCAGACAUAGAUUAUGACCUUUAAUUUGAAACAACAGUGGAUUCUGAUGUUCUGUUCUGGGGAAAUUUUCCCAGUGGUUGAAAUGUUUUCAUGUGCAUAUGGGACAGUAUGGAUGGAGAGGGCUAAAUGUUUGUCAAUCCUCACUUCCUCAGUCUUUCUAUACUGUGAUUUCUUUUCUUUUUUUCUUCUCUGUUCUGUAUAUAUACUGCAAAUAUUCACUUAGCAGAUUCAAGAUAUACCUAUACACUUGUAUGAAAUGUGAAGAAGAGUUUUGGCUUCA